GGCAGACAUCCACGUAAACUGAGGUGUGAUCAAAAUCUCGUAAAACGUGAAAGAAUUAUGUCCGUGACCGCUAAAAACUCAAAAACCGUUUGUUUAAAACAUUAAAUUGUUGGAAAUUUAGUUAUGUUAAAAGGCGUCAAUUCGAAAUUGGCGAUGCCAAACAUUUGCAAAGUGAAAAAGGAAUAUUAUUACUACUGCUGACGCCUGGUGGUGGUUAUUUUAUGAUUUUAUUUAAAAAGAUAAAUAAAUACAAAAAUUAAAUAAAAUAAAAAGGGGUGGUUUCUUGUAUGUGUGUGGAUGAGAAUUUUCUUGAUAGAUGAAAAGCUUUCAAUAUGGAUGGAGUACUGGACCGGAACCUCUUCAUACCUCCUCGAGCUUGGAGUGUAGCGUGGGGUGGGGACAUCAUCUGAAGGGAACGCAAUGAAUAUUCCUUGUGGAACCAGAAAAUGUUAUCGGGUUCUAAUAUGUUAGUCCUGUUAAUUCCGUGAUGGCGACGAGGCAAAAUGCCUCGUUGAAUACCACGACUACAUUCGUUCCUCCGACAACAGCAUCCCUUUCGAAAGCGGAACAAGACAAAAUUGAUUUCUACAACACUUACGAUCCAAUGACAGGAGUACGAAUCGCAGCCACUCUCGGUGGGUUUUUUGGCCUUAUGGUGCUUUUAGUAGUUUGUAAAUCGAAAUCGAAAACCGAGCGAGCAUUAGAAGACCCGAAUAUAGUCGCCGCGGCGGCCGCGGAAGCCGAAGAGGAAGAGAGACAAAUCGAAGCCGCUCUUCAAGCGACCGCUUAUCACGAACUUAAUCCGAGGAGAUCCAGAAAAAGCUUGGAUUGCGCCGGAGUAUCACCGGGAUGGAUUAGAAGUACUCGAUUUUCUUCUAUCGGUGGAUAUUCGAGUUUAAUGGAUCCGCCAUUAAGAAGUCCCGUUAAAUUACCUUGUUCUAUCGAUGAAGAUAGUCCCGAAGAACGAUCGAUUUACGAUGAUUUUUCUACGUAUUAUACUAGGUAUUUGGAUGUGCCAAGGCGCGCCAGUAACAUCACUUGUUCAUCUUCGGGGAGUUCAUAUCUCGAACGGAGGGGUUCUUCCGUUAUUUUGGGUCUUCCCGCGGUUCCCCCGCAUCACCAAAAGAACCGCAGCAGAAGAAGACAAUCUUCGCCGUUACCAGAACAUUACGAUUAUUAUUAUCCGAUCGAUAUCAGAGUUACUCAACCAACUCCGGGUGGUUCGCCUUGCGGGAGUGAAAGAGCUUUACACGAUGAAAAUAAAUCACCGCAAGAAGUUCAUCAACCAAAAUUAGCACCUUUAGCAUCAAUUAGUAGUUGUAAUAGUUCUUUAGGUACUGAUUAUGAGCCUUCGUUGGCUUCUGAUUCGGUUUUCAGGGACGAGUGUGAUACGGACGAUGAAAUCGAUCCGUUUUCUACGGAUACCGAGGAUAGUGACACUGAAAAAGGUGCAGCUUGUUGUCGAUUACCCAAAGAAGAACGAAGACAGCGAACCGGAUCUGAAUCUUCUUCGGCGACCGUUGCGGGAAUGAGCAGACGUAGUCAGUUCAAUCUGGACAUUCCUUUAGCUGACAGUGCUUGUCGGCCUUCGUUGUUAAGUCUGGACAAGACAGGGUGGUCGAAGGAGACACUCUUCUAAGACAUAUCGAAAAAAUUACUUUUUUUUAAAUUUUAUUUUUGAAUUAAACCAACAAAAUAAUAAGCUUUAGUGACUCAUCGGUGUUCAACGGAAUAUUUCCGUCUCUAGUUUUUCCCCCUUACGUACAAAAUGAAAAAUUAAUAAAAUGAAAUCAUUACUUUACCUAAAAAUAGGAAAAAUAAUAAUUUAAUUAUUGACACACAGUAGGUAAAUAACUUAAAUGUGUUAUUAUUAAAAUUCGAUAAAAACUCUGAUUAUUUUUAGUUAACCCAACUCAUUUUUGAUGAUGUUUUUUUGAGAAACUAUCAUAUCUUAAGUAUUAACACACCAUAAAUAUUUCUUUCCUUCGUAUAAAUCCUGAUGAUACGAUUUUUUUAAUUCAACUCU